AAUAUCAUGACAUUUCCUAUGUGUGAAGCAGGUUAUCAAACAAUUCUGAAUUCUAUAUAAUAUUGCAAUACCACUUGGAAUGGAAAAGUCAGAUGUUACUCACAAAAUCAAGGAGUGCGUUGGAAACGUAGAGAAUUCUGCAAAAAUCGAAUCCCAGGCUGACAUGGCAACACUUCAUCCGGAUAAAUCGGGCAAAUGGUCCGUGAAAUUGUUAAUGUUCUAUAAUAGGCAUUUUCCAACUGACAAGGAUUCCUAUGCAGUGCGAUUACCGAUAAUAGCAUUGGCUCUAUCAUUAUGCUCCAUACAAAUAGUCGUCAAUCUGCAGUGGCACGACUAUAGAGAGAGACGGGAAUAUUAUAUCUGGGCACUAAUAGUUCUUAUAUCAGCAUCUACUUAUGGAUUGUACUACGGCAUAAAAAUCGGAGACCGAAAACAAUUCACACCUUGGAUUAUAUUCAAAAUUAUUGAAAUCAUAAGCACCACAGAUUCUCUGCUGAACAUUUUUAUACAUGGUCAUAUAUAUGGCAAUACUUUGACAAACGUGAUAUUAGGUUUUAUCGUUUUGGGUGGCAAUUCAUUUUUACUAUGGGUCAUCUGUCAUAGACAAAGAGAUAACCUAGAAGACGUCCCAGAGGCUGUAGAUGAAUUCUCUCCCAUGAGCACGGUUUGAGAUCAGAAUGGGAGAUCCAUUAAACAGUUUCUUGAUCGAAACACUGAAAACAUGGGAAACUAUCAGCAUCAACUAUUCCGAAUUAUACUCGAAGGGAAGUGAAACUAGAAGCUGUUAACUAUAUUAUCACAAUUAAUGCUUUUUUGAUAAAAAAAAAAAUUAGGAGUUGAGGAGUUUUCAUCAAGAUCCAGAUAUCAGUCAGUAGCUGAGGAAUAAGAU